CCACACGCCGCACGCCGCGCCGCUCGCAUCCUCUCCCUAGAUCCCCGCGGACCGCUCCUCCGUCGUCUCCCCUGUAGCAAAACCCAACCAGCAAAUCCUCCAGAUCCCUCUCUCCCUCCCGGUCUUCCCUCCUCAGAUCUAUGAGCUGCUUCCCUCAAGUCCACGAGCAAGCUCUCAGCGGGUCCCUUGCGACAACCCAGAGAGAGUGGCGAUCCUCUCCCGUGUCCUCGUCGAUCUGCUCACCGCCGCCGCCCUUCGUUGACCAAGGCUGCGGGUGUGGCCAGCAUCUUCGUCGGGGUCCCUCCCUGCGAGCGGCGCGUUGGGGCCGCACGGCUCUGCGCCAACUGUCCCCGGCCUGUCGCACACAAAGCUAUCCUGUGCAGUGUAUUGUUUGUGACCUACUAGCUGAUAAGAGCCUUUGAGCCUGUCAUCCAUCAAGAUAAGUUCCCGAUCUCUUAUAAUAACAGUCAUACCAUGUUUGUAAUAAGAAAUAAUUAAUUGUAGCUAUCUAUCCUUAAACUUUGCUAUACCUAUUCUAUUUUUAGAACUUCGGAUUAGAGGUGUUCUCAACUGCUAUUUUGCUAGACUGAAAGUACUAGUGCUAGGAGGACCAGUUAGAUAUCUAUCUGAAAAUAGAGUUCUUGCUAGAUGGACGCACUGACUAAUGAGGUAUUAUAUACAUGUGCUAAUUCAGUUUGGGUGUUGCAUAUAUUUGAUGCAGCUAUUGCCUUGCCUCACCUCGGUUCAUAUAAAAAUGGAUCUUAUUACUGGCUAGAUCGUGUGUCACUGCAUAUUUGUUUCAACAAUUUGAUGUCAGAUAUUUGUUCAAAUGCCUAACUGAGCCUAUCAAAACUGCAAAUCUAAAUUUAACUUCUCUGCUACGCAUUGUAAUGAUUGUAUAAUACGUAUAUGUUUUGUCAUCAUUACCAGAUGUGGUUUUUAGUGUAGUCAAAGUUAGUUGGCUAUGCUUAUGCUUGUUGCCAUGUUGAUAUACUGAUAAAAUGAAUAUCUUUUAGAAAUUUCUACUGGAAAUUUUAGCACUAUUAUCUCCUGGAAUCUCCUGGAAGUUGUAGUAAUCACUUUUUUAACACAUAGUAAUAGUUGUUCAACCUGUGCAGUACUGCAAAUUUUGUACUCUACUAAUCUGUAGAGAACAUGGAUAGAUAUAGAAAUGUAAGAUCUGAAUAUGCAAGACUUUAGUAUCCUCAUAAUACCGUAUGAAAUUUGCCAUGUACAUGUGCAUCUGAACUUUACAAUAUAUAUGUGCAGGUACAACAUGGUUGUGGAUGUGAAUGAGAUGGGCGUCAAGCAUACAUGUAGAUUUCUGCUAGGUCAAAGAUGAAGAAGCAAUCUGUGUUGGAGGUGCAACUUGAGCAUUUGCUGUGUCAAAAUGGACUGAGCAAAGCGUCAUGGUGUGAUCCUCUCGGGCCCUGCUGGCGACGCCGACUACACCGACCAUUGCAAGCUGGACGAGGUCCGCGCCCGCGAGAUCGUCGUCGACACCGUCAACAUCGAGCGCGAGUUCGCCUUCGAUCCGCUCCUCGUUGCACUCGUCGGCUUGAACGGCGUCCUCACAAGCCAGUACAUCAAGUCUACCAUCACCUACUGCUUGCCCAUGGCGCUCUGGGUGCAGAGGAUGGGGUAUCCGGCAUCUCACCUACAACAUGUUCGACACAAUGCCAUAACAGCGGCGUCACCCUGGCUUUGUGCUCAGCCAUCGGACCACUUGCUAUCCACAAGGGUUAUUCCUCAUGGCACACCAACAAGGGCUACUUAUUUGAGCACAGCCAGGUCAGGUACAUCACCAACGCCAUGCUUCUGAACUCAAUGGGUGUUGUUCUGUCUAGUCUAGCUACAACGAUUCCUGAUGUCCAAAAGGUGUUUGAGGGACUGCUUGCUUCUUAUCCAGUAAAGCUAUAUCCCUUGCCUACUACUUUUGUUGACAAAGGACCACGGAAAUCUAUUCUCAAUGUUGAGCAUGUUGGCAUCUUGCCAAAACCGCCAUGGUCAUUAUUAUGUCUAGAACAUGGCAAUUCCAAGGCAUGGAGUUCAGGCUGGCAUCAAUUCAGUAAGACCUUUAGUUUGCAGCACACAUUGGAAGGAAGACAUGCAAUCAGUCCACAUGGUUCUCUAGAUCAAUUCCACAAAUCCUUUGUUUCACAACAUUGCUUGGAAGAAUUAUUGCUCAAUGGUGUGCACUGUUCCAUGAAGCUGAUGGAAAGCCUUUUGAUUGGGAAAAUCGCUACCUAUGUAUCUGACAGUAUGGCAACAUGCUUAUGGAGGAUCCUACUAGCAUCGAUAUGGCAACACAGAAAUGAGUCAUCCAGUUCAUUGGUCAGCAAUCAAAUCAUGCAUUUUGCCAUCCUGUAUGCAAAACUUAUGAAUGAAGGUGCUAAAGAUUUUCAGUUGGAUGCAUGCUUUUGGAGAGGCCUCACUUGCUACUCAGAUGCUAUUGUCAAGUUUGCUUCGUCUGGAUAUCUGCAAAUUAAUGACUUGGACCAGCGAAAUGAUAUUGAUAAGAACAAGUGGGUGCUGGAUCUUGACCUCUACUGCUUUGUAUUUGCAUAUGGAGUCCUACAGAUGUGGCUCAAAUUCAGCUUGUACUUGGCAUGGUUGACCUAUUCGUCAGAGAAUGUGGCUGUGCAUUCAAAUGAUCAGAUUGCUCGAGCAUUAUUGAACAAAAGAGAGGUGUGGCUGAAGCACAGUAAUUCUGGUAGUCCCAUGUUUCAAUCUACAAGCUCUGAAGUCUUCACCAGUGUGCUCCUAACAAAGCAUCUUGUGCUUCAGUUUGGUGUUUCAGUUUGGUGCUUAUUCAGUCAAGCAACUGAUAUGAAGCUGGACCAGAUCAAUGUGAGCUACAAGAAGCUGUUGAUGAUCUUUAGUUGGGGUGCAACUUAUGGCUGCAAGGAGUUGAUCAUUUGCGUGGCUCUGGAUGGGCAGCAUGAGCUCCUUAUCACCCUGAUUAGUGCAAAGCCACAGUGCAAAUGACAAAGGACUUGAGCAGCAGUAGCUUUGUUCAUUGGCGAUGGGGAUCCCGGCGAUUGCGGCUUGAGGGCAAGCCGCAUUUCAAGCGGUGGGGAAUGUCACGAACAGGACCUCCUCAGGAGUGGCUGCCAGGUGGGCCAGGCUACUAUCAGGAUGUUUGGCUGACAACCAUACUUUGCCACACUUAAGAUUAGACAAGUGCUGCAAAGAAUUUGGCCACCACAAUUUUUUUGUCUAAGAGAAUCUUGCCAUUUUUUUUCUUGACUAUUACAUGUGGAGCCCAAAAAUAUCUUUACUA